AUGCCCUCCUACGGCAAAAAGACAUCCGUCAGGAAACUAUCCAAGUGGAUGGUUUGCAGCCUCCUGGUGUUCUGGAACACUCCGGUUUCUAGCUCCAAUCCCACUUACGAAUGGCAAGAUCCCAUUACCCACCAGAGACUCGUAUGCCAGCAGUGCCCGCCAGGAACAUUCAUGGCGCAGCACUGCACCAAGGAUAGGCCGACCCAGUGCCAGGGGUGCCCCACUCUCCACUAUACCCAGUACUGGAACUACCUCGACAAAUGUCUGUAUUGCAACAACAUCUGCAGCAGCCUGGAAGUGGAGGCGCGACCGUGUAAUGCCACGCACGACCGGGUAUGCCAGUGCAAACCUGGCUACUACUUAAACCUCUUCUACGAUUACUGCAUGCCUCAUUCCACCUGUCCUCUGGGGAGUGAAGUCGCUCAGCCUGGCACCCCUCACGAAGACACCAAAUGUGCAGAGUGCCUUCCUGGGACCUUCUCCAACUCCAGCACGGGGAUCUGUCAGCCACACACCAACUGCUCUGAGCAGGGCCUGGAGCUCAUCGUUCCUGGGAACCAGUUCCACGAUGCCCUCUGCACAGCUUGCAAGCUCAACCAAACCAAGGGCCCCCUAGAACGGCUAGAGGAAGGGUCAGGUAGGCAUCUGCAGCCAGGUUGUCCUGUCACAAAAGGCCAGCCCUCGGGGGACCCAGAUUGCGAACAGGCUUUUAUUGGCUACGUGGUUAAUCAGAUCACCUCGCUGAAGAGGCUGCGGCAUUUGAAGCGGGUGCUGGAGCAGGGCUCCCUGCCCAAGGAGGGCCACAGUAACCAGAUGCAGCUCCAGGCCAAGAUCUACUCCUACCUCACCAGGAUCCGGAACACUCCCGCGGAAGAGUCUGUGACCAAAGAGCUCUUGGUGGCUGUCCAGUCCUUUCUCCAUCGCAGGAAGGACCAGAUCCAGAAGCGUUUCUCUUUAAAUUAA